AUGAUGAUCGAUCAAUUAUCCAAAACCAGCUAUUCUACCGAUCUUUUCGGAGAACAAACUCCAAAGAAGAUCGCUCAAGAAACAAUCAUGUUUACCAAUGAACUUUUUCAACGUGUUAUAACCGCUGUUCUUUGCUCGUUCAAUCCAACAACAACAAAUCAUGAUAAACAAUACGCAUUGAAAUUUCUCGAAGACCUCAAAGAAAAUCAUCCAUUGAUAUGUCUCACUAUUGGCUUUGAAUUGCUCAAACAACAGAAUCAUAAUGAUUCACUGUUACAUCAUUACGGUAUACAUUUGAUUGAGUCGAUAGUAAAACAUAAAUGGAAUCUGUUGAAAGUCGAUGAGAAAAACUUAGUGAAAGAACAAUUGUUUAUUUUAAUCAAAAGUUCAUGUUUAAAUCAAACAUUUAUGGAUCCGAUCUACAUCCGCAAUUCAUUAGCACGAUGUUUAGUGGAAAUGAUCAAACGUGAUUGUUUUGAAAAAGUGAACACUACUCUAGAAGAAAUCGUUCUUAUGACGACAAGUUUCGGUCAAAUCGAAGAGAAUAAUUCGACUCAAUUAGAAUUGAUUUUACUCGUCUAUCGAUUUUUAAAUGAAGAAUUAACAAUCUACUCUCAGUCGAUUCAAAUUCAUCGUCGUCGACAAAUCUUGAGUCAAUUGCAAAAGCGUUUAAACGACAUUUUACCAUGUUUAAUCCGUAUAUCUAACGAUUUAUAUGUUCAAACCGAGCAACGCGAACGUCUAACACAAACAUGUUUAUUAGCUGUGAAUAGUUUUCUACUUUGGGUAGAAUACAAUCAUUUUGAACAGUAUGAGAACUUCCUUUGUGAAUUAUUUUUAAAAUUUUUUCAACUCGAUUCGGUUAAACUACGACAUGCUUCAUUUGAAUGUUUGCUCAGUCUUGUUAACAAACGUUUAGCGAAAAGGCAAUUGCAGCAACAGCAGCAACAACGAAAUAAACGCAUUGCUUCGUCACCAUCAGCAGCAUUGAACUGUCAACAGGAAAAACUCUUUCUGAACUAUUUAUUGGGUGAUACAACUUUAGAAAUGUUCUAUCGGCUAUUGUUAAGCCCAACGGAUUCAAUUGAACAACUGCGCACAAUAGUAACCAACGAUCAUUUGAAUUGCUUGAAAAUGCUUGGUCAACUACUUGUUAAACUUGCUAAUUAUUUAUUACAAUUAUUUCAUCAAUUGGCAACUCAAGUCAUCCAGGACGAUCAAUUUGUAAUAUUCGCCAAUGAACGAACACGUUCGUUUUUACAGUUUCUUCUCCUACUCAACCAGCAUCCAUUUCAUCUGCUAUCAUUAAAUUCUUAUCAAGCAUUAAAUGCAUUUAUCACUCGUCAACCCACAUUGUUAUCCAACGAACAGUUCUGUUUGAAAUUAGUCGAAAAUCUCAAACAAUCGCUGCAUCGUGUGCACUUUUCUUCAUCAGCUGUGCUUUCCGAUACUGAUAACGAGAUCUUGAAGAAACAAUAUGCACACAACCAGCAAUGCUUUGUCUAUACACUGUUCGAAUAUGAUAGUGAGGAACAAUUCUUCUGGAAAUUCUUCUCACAGUAUCGAACCGAAUUACAAAAACUAAUCAAAUCCUUCAUUGGAAUGUUCUUUCCGGAAACAACAGCAGAAUGUCCAGCCGUUGUUGUUGAAACAAAUACAUCUUGUUUAAAAUCCAUCCUCCAGAGUCUACUCGCUUGCCUUGAAUCUCUCGUUCAACGUACACCGAAUAAAACUGACAAUCAAAUAUCAAAUUCUUUAUCAUCUAUUUAUUUAAUCAUAGAAUGGGAAGCAUUCUAUUUAUUAUUCGAUCAUGUUUUAUUCAUUGUACGGAAAGAACUGUUCUCCUCGUCAACAUCUACGAUUAAAUCUCAACAGAAGAUGGAGGAACUUCUUAUGACAUCAACAAUGACUGAGCAGUUCCUUCGAACAUUAAGAUUUCUAUUGCAAUUUACACCCAAUUUGAGUGAACAUAUACAUGGACAUGUAUUGAACUUACUCUCUGUGAUGUUUUUCGUAACACAGCAUGAUCCAACGUUAGCGAUACAAAUUAUUCAACGUUUGCUAACGACAUUUCAACAUUAUCAACAACAAUCGAUCGCCGGCAUCGAUGGCAAUGAAUGCGAAAUCAUGCAAACUCAAUCCGCGAAUGCUUUCCUAUACUUAUGUAAAAACUUCACGAUUAAAAUGCUCGAUUAUUAUUCUGAAUUGUUCCCAUUUGUUGUUCAACUCUACAAAGACGAAUUUCAAGUCACCAAAAGUUCGUUGUCAAUCACGAUUGACGAGUCCUCAUGUCCAGCAUUGAAACUGCUUGACGCAGCUCAAACCCUACUCUACCAUAAACUAAUCCACGAUAAUGACCAAGUCCAACUCGAAGCAUUCUACGAACUUGUCAAACCCAUCUAUGAAACAUUAGUUACAUCGUUAUCAGUGGACUCCUUAACACCAUUUAUCCAAUAUCUAGACUUAUGUACAAAUGGAGCCACUGAUAUGAAUGUGAUUCGAUAUCGACGACGAAAUCUAAUGCUUGCUUUACAUUGCUUAUGUUUGUUGAUCCGUUAUUCAAAACAACAGCAACAAAAAUUGAAUGUAAUGUUACGUUCAAAAAUAGCUGUUUGCCUUCGGCCUAUCUUGUUCGAUCAUAUACUCAAAGUGACACAAUUCUGCAACCAAUUGUAUGAUCGACAAAUGAAUCCGUUGUAUGAAACAUUGAAAAAUUACUUGACGUAUAGUGAAACGGAAAAACAACUGUAUCUUGGAACGUACGAAAGCAACAAUAUGGCAAAAGCAACGAUUACAUCAACAGCGAUCCCGUCGAGUCUCCCGGUUAGUUUCGUUCGUUUUCAAUCAAACUUAAGUAGUACAGUUAUUGAUGACCAACGUCUUCGUGACUAUCUUCACCGUUUGUUUGAUAUAUGUUAUCAAAUCAAUGGAAUGUUCUUUGCGCACGAUCCCGAAUUAUACUAUCUGAAAAUGGUAGAUGACACUUAUUUCCUCACCACGUUCCUGCAAAAAGUUCUCUUUGAAAACUUAAACACUCUUCCAUCAUUUCGUCUUCGCAUUGUUCUACGACAUUUCUGCCGUUCAUUUGUCGAACACUACUGUUCAAUGGAGACAGUAGACAAAGAAAAAAUCAAUGAAUUAUUUCUGACGUUUUUGGAUAUCUUCUUCGCUUAUAUGCAGCAACGUCUAACAACAAUGUGGAAUAAUCUAUUAACAACCACAACAUUCGUUAAUUAUCAACAAGGCGAAUGUUCCGAUGAAGUUAUUGAAGAAUGUGUUUGCGUGUUAUUGACACGUGAUUUCGUUGAUAUCAUUCGAUACUUCAUUUACAAACCGACAUUACUUACUCAAGCGAAUUCCAUCGGAUGUGGAAUUAACAAGAAGAAAUCGAAAGCAAUCAAUGGCCACAAUCACAGUGAAAGCAUGUGUGAAGAAACAAAUGGUAUUAAUGGAGAAACAGAUCCUCUCGAUGAAUGGGAUGAACAAACCACACAUAACAGUAUUUGUAAUAAAUUAUUAAAUGGCAACCAAGAGAAAAUGGAUUAUAGUGACUUAUUUAACUAUAUGAUAAAAUUAGCGAGACAAAACUCACCAGUUGCUUUACGUUUGUUCUCAUAUAUACUCAAAAGUUUAUUCGAAUGUUUAACAUUUCCUGAUGCAUAUUGUGUUAAUCGUUUUCUGCCAGUUAUUCUUCCAUUAAGCAAACUUUAUAUGGAUAUUAUUGAUAAACUUGUGAAUUCAUCUUUGUUAAUUGAUAUUAAGUUUCUUUUUCAAUGUUUAUUGAAAGGACUUGAACGACACAAUGAGAAUGAAGGAGUGAACACCAAUAUGAUUUCAUUGAUUGGUCAUAUUUAUGAAUUAUGGUAUCAUCAGUAUCAACCACAGCUUGAUCUUGUUUUACAUCAAACUGUUCCUCAAUUGAAUGUUGAAUUGUUGAAUACGUAUAAAACACGUUUAAUGUCCAAUAAUAAUGAAAACCAAAGAAAAUCUCAACAAAUAACCGAACGUGAACGACGUGAUACGAUAAAAAACUUGCUCAAUCCGAUUCUUUUGUCAGCGAUGUCAAGUAACAAACAAGAAGGAUCUAAUGGUAAAAAUCCUUUCAAUCAGUCGACUAUCAUAACAACAUUUUAA